AUGCCUCUGUCACAAAAACAAAUAGACCAAGUUAGAACCAAAGUGCACUACAGUGAAGUAGAUACUCCAUUCAAUAAAUAUUUAGACAUCUUAGGAAAAGUAACCAAGCUGACAGGAAGCAUUAUAAAUGGCACAUUAUCCAAUGAUGAUAGCAAGAUUGAAAAACUUACUGAGCAAAAUAUCUCCCAACUAAAAGAAAGUGCUCAUCUUCGAUUUUUGGAUCUGCAGUCAUCAAUUGACACAAAGAAAGUAGCAGACGAAAAUUGGGAAACAUGCCAACAGGAGACAUUGGCCAAGCUGGAAAAUCUCAAAGAUAAAUUGCCUGAUAUAAAGAGCAUCCAUAGCAAGUUGCUUUUACGUAUUGGAAAACUACAAGGUCUUUACGAUUCUGUCCAAGUAAUUAACAGAGAGGUGGAAGGCUUGUCAGAAGGCCGUACCAGCCUUGUGGUGACACGUGCGGAAUGGGAGAAAGAACUUGGCACUGAUCUGGUCAAGUUUUUAAUUGAAAAGAAUUAUCUCAAACUAGUUGAUCCGGGCCUGAAAAAGGAUAGUUCAGAGGAGAGAUAUCGUAUUUAUGACGAUUUCUCUAAGGGCCCAAAAGAGUUAGAAAGUAUCAACGCCUCAAUGAAAUCGGAUAUAGAAAACGUAAGGCAGGAGGUAUCGUCUUACAAAGAGAAGUGGCUAAGAGAUGCAGAAAUAUUUGGCAAGAUCACAUCAAUAUUCAAAGAAGAACUUCUGAAGAGAGAUGGCCUGCUCAAUGAGGCAGAAGGAGAUAACAUUGAUGAAGAUUAUGAAUCGGAUGAAGAUGAGGAAAGAAAAGAGAGGUUUAAAAGGCAGAGAUCAAUGGUGGAAGUGAAUACUAUAGAAAAUGUGGACGAAAAAGAGGAAAGCGAUCAUGAAUAUGACGAUCAGGAGGAUGAAGAAAAUGAAGAGGAAGAUGAUAUGGAAGUAGACGUUGAGGAUAUAAAAGAGGAUAAUGAAGUUGAUGGGGAAAGCAGUCAACAAGAAGAUAAUAGUCGCCAGGGUAAUAAUGAGGAAACAGACAAAGAAACUGGAGUGAUAGAAGAGCCAGAUGCGGUUAAUGACGCAGAGGAGGCAGAUAGCGAUCACUCAAGCAGGAAACUUGGAGGCACUACAAGCGAUUUUAGUGCGUCUUCCUCUGUUGAAGAAGUAAAAUGA